AUGGAAAACAGUCUAAGUGCAAGCCAACAACAAUAUAGUAUUAUGCUAGAUUUUAUGGAAACGAAUGGUGAUCUUUCUAGACCUCAGCGAGGGGCUCGAAGAAAGCUAAAAGCUAAAAGGUUGUGGAAUGAGCUUGCAGAACUUUUAAAUUCUGUAGGGGGGAGUGCGGUUCAAAAUCAAGCUGAUAAAUGGAAAAGGGUGUGGUCUGACUGGAAAACAAAGACAAAAAAGAAGACCUCUGGUGGAGGACCAGAUACAGUUACACCACUUAACUCUUUGGAAGAACGGGUCCUUAGAAUCAUUGGUAUUGGCUCUUUCUCAGGGGACGUAGAAGUUCCAGAAGCAGGAUUUGAACUACGACUUCCCCUUCCGGCUCGCUUACACCAAAACACCCACAGAAGUCUAGGACUUUCAGUAGAGGAAGCAUGGCGCACAGAGGCGAGCACACUCCCAAUUCCAGAGAUACCUCAUACUGCACCUGUAUCUUCUAAUUUGGAAAGACCGGGAGAUGCUCAAAGAUCGCCCUCAGCAUGUAAGCGCCCACGUCAUCGUCGUCGUAGCAGCAUUGGGCAACGCAGACGACUACACUUGACCCCAUUCCAACAAGCCACCAGGGAAUUCGUGCGCAUCGAGGAAGGCAGACUGCACCUAGAAGAGAUGCACAUGACCAAGGAGCACGAAAGAGAAACGGCAAGAAUAAGCAUCGAAUCUCAAAGAAACAGGAUACUACAAAAAAUACUAGAUAAUAUUGAGAGAUUUUUAACACGCGACAUGAAA